CACACAAAACAAAGCAGGUGAGGAGGAGGUGUCUUCUCCUCCCCCCGUGUCAGUGCUGCACUUGCGCCCUGCCUCUCUGCCCACCGGCCUGUUUCCUUAUCGUCAUCGCCGAUGUCUCGCUAGCCGCUGUGUUACACCGACCGGACUUCUUAUUGCCACUAAAACUACAGCAACAUGGUGUACUCCAAAGAGGACUUUCCUGUGUAAAAUGUCGAUUAACGAGCGACAAAUAAAACAGUGAAGCACCACCUGUGCCGGGGGUGGGGGGGGAAAUGCAGGACGAAAGCGGCAAAGCAGCACCCGGGAGCCCCGCUGUAGCCGGUGCAACCACAGCACAGAAUUCGGUACAUUUGAACAGGCAUACUGGCACUCAAAAUGGCCACAACCCGACAGCUACGCCUGCACCACAGCCACAGUUUGAACCCAGAGCCUCGAGUCCUGCACCCAGUCCAACUCUGAUUGUCCCGAGGGAGCAGUGGGGAGGGAAGUACGAGUUCCUGCUCUCCUGUAUCGGAUACUGCGUGGGACUUGGGAACGUGUGGCGGUUCCCAUACCUUUGUUAUCGCAAUGGAGGAGGUGUGUUUCUCAUCCCCUACUUCAUUAUGCUGUUUUUUACGGGUGUUCCACUCUUCCUCAUGGAGCUGAGUUUGGGCCAGUACGGAGCAGCUGGCCCCAUCACUGUGUGGAAAUGCUGCCCUCUGCUCAAAGGUAUUGGCAUUGGGAUGCUCUGUGUGUCCACGCUGGUGUGUCUCUACUAUAACGUCAUUAUAGCAUGGACGUUUUACUACCUGGGCAGCUCGUUCCAGAGCCCUCUGCCCUGGUCCUGCGAGGCUGUAGCCAAUGCAGGUCUCUGUGGUAAUGCCACCACUGGCAAUAGCUCCACUGGCAAAGUCCUCAGCCCCACAGAGAUUUUCUGGAAUGAGCGUGUGCUGGGUGUAGUACACAGCGAGGGUCUUCAUGACCCAGGCCCUGUCCGUUGGCCCCUGGCCCUGUGCCUCCUGGCUGCCUGGAUCGUCAUCUUCCUGUGUAUGCUCAAGGGCAUCCGCAGCUCCGGCAAGGUGGUUUAUGUAACGGCUACCUUCCCAUACUUUGUGCUCAUUGUUUUGAUCAUCAGAGGUGCUACACUGGAGGGCUCUCUUCAGGGCGUUGCUUUCUACCUCACACCAGACUGGGGUCGAUUGACUAAUGCACAGGUGUGGAACGACGCAGCCUCACAGAUCUUCUACUCCUUAGGUAUUGGAGUAGGAGGACUGCUUUCUAUGGCCUCUUAUAAUAAGUUUGACAACAACGUCAUCAGGGACACUUUGAUUAUCACCACAGGAAACUGCGCCACCAGCUUCUUUGCAGGAUUUGCUAUAUUCUCGAUCCUGGGUCACAUGGCAUGGAAGAAGGGAGUGCCUGUCGCAGAGGUGGCAGAUACAGGUCCUGGCUUGGCCUUCGUUGCUUACCCAGAGGCCCUUGCUCUGCUGCCAGGCUCAGUGUUCUGGUCCAUUAUGUUCUUCCUCAUGCUCUUUAUGCUGGGGAUCGAUACGCUGUUUGGCAACAUGGAGGGCAUCACUACGGCCGUGCUGGAUGAGUUCCCGCAGCUCAGAGCGAACACGCUGCACAAGUCCUUGUUCUUGGGCGCUCUGUGUUUUUGCUUCUACCUGAUGGGUCUCCUGUUAGUGACAGAUGGUGGGAUUUACUGGUUCACUCUCAUUGACUCCUUCAGCACUAGUUUUGGCCUCAUCAUCAUCACCCUCUUCAUGUGCAUUGGCAUCUCCUUCUUCUAUGGAGUCAACCAGUUUUGUCAAGACAUUCUUGAUAUGAUCUGCCACUGCCCUCCCUGGUGCGGCAAAGUGCUGCUUUACUUCAAAGCAUGCUGGGUUUUCUUCACUCCGUUUCUUCUGCUAUUCAUCCUGACCUACAUCUUCAUCGAGAUGUACAACACAUCACUCCACUACGGGUCCUAUGUGUAUCCACGGUGGGGUAAAGCGCUGGGCGUGUGCAUAGGCGCCACCUGCUGUCUACAGAUCCUCAUCUGGGCCAUUGUGGCCAUCAGCAAGGAAACUGGAACACUGAAAGACCGUUUCCAGAAAUCCAUUCGGCCUCUGAACUCCUGGAGAGUAAACAACUUGAACAGCGCCGCAAGAGUAGAGGAGCGCGUGGAGCCCGAGAGAGUGGACGCUCCGUUCACUGUCACGCUCACAGACAUGGACUUUACUGCGAUGACAUGGGAGGUUGGAAGCCAGGCGUGACGGCACGGAGAGAACGCACAGUGAUGAGCAAACUACGUCGACGAGACAGAGGAAUUUAUUAUUAUGUUGUUCGCCCCAGCUAGGCACUGGUGCCCGUGUCUGAACAGACUGUGUGUCCUGCAGGGCAGUGUGGAUGAAUUGCUUUAUUUAUACUAUUAUGUAUGUUUAAACUGUAUGUUUGUUUUUUUUAGUUUAAAAAAAAUAAGUUUUACAUUGUGUAGAAUAUAAGGUUACAGCUGUAAAGUUUGGAUCAUCAUCUUAUGGUGAUGAUCUUGCAGUGUAUCUGCUGAUCUUAUUUAUUGUCAUAGUAGCUUAAUAUAAUUAAUUUUCAAUGACAGCGGUCAGCAGCGGCUGAGGGACCACGAUUGAUUGCUAAAAUAAUUGCUAGAAUAUUUUUAUUUUUUUUUAACUUGCCAAAGGAACUAAUAAGUACUGUCUGCGUGUCCAUAAGAUUGUAGACACUUGGAUGUCUUGUCUGACCGUCUGCAUUUCAAAUAGCCAGUUCCUGCAGAAAAUGUAGCAAUCACAUCACUCCUAGUGAAAACUUUGUUGCUCAGAAUACAUUGACAUUGUCACAUUUACAACUACAUUCUAUGCUAGUAUUGUAGACUUUUAAGUGAGACUUCAAGAAGUUCUCUAACUAUCCUUUGUUAUCUUUAGGGGGAAAAAUUGUGGGUAUCAGUGAGCAUCUACACACAUGUUGGUUUUUAGUGUUUUAUGUUUACUGGAACUUGGCUUCGACAGUCCUUUAUUGUUGAUUUCCCCCUCUGCUCCUGAAGUCAUUGUAUAUCAUCGGUUAAAUGUAUUAUCCGGAGGGGCACAGACAUGAUUAUUGUCAUAGUAUCAAGCUUGCUAACUUUUCUCACAAGUUUCUGAGGGUGCAAAUGUUACUCUUAUUUGGGGUGCCUGCUUAGAGAAAACAUCAAAAUCGGUUGUUUAAAUGUUAUUUAUCUGCAAAGUGGCCAUACUAGACAUUCUAGAUUUACUAGACCCUUUGCUAGAUAAGCCCAAUAAUAUUAUUUUAUAAUAUAUAUAUUAAACAUACAUAAACAUAAUGGAAAGAAUAACCAGAUAAGACAGCUCACCUGUCACAUGAAUGUGUUGUUUAUCUCUUGAAGUGGCUGACUGAAAUAGACUGUCCCAGAUAAAUAACAUUUGUUAACCAUCCUAGUUGCACUUCUCUCACAGAGAGGACUGAUGUUUUGAAAUUGUCUUAAACGUCUAAAGGUUUCAUUUGGGGUAACUGAUGAAAAUUCCCUGCUGUUUUCCAGGUUGUUUACUUAAAAACUGUUUUCAAGGGCAUAUGUGCUCCCUGUUGUGUCCUGUUACAAAUAAGUAAAUGAUGACAGAUCUGACAAAACUGCCAGAUCUGUGAUUUCUGCAUUUUUAAACCCUUUCAGUCACAUGAAACUAAUUUUGUGUGUAUUUAUAAUGAGGGUGACAUAUUUCAAGCAUAGUUCACUACUUUUAAACCUUUGAUUAUGAAUAUUUUACUAUCAUUUCUUUUAGGAUUGUAUGUCAUGUCAUGAAACUCCUCUAAUUGUAACUUUUUUUUUUGCCUUAACCUUGUUGCCAUUCUCUUGUAUUUCGCUGUGCAUAAUUAAAUGUUCUCAUUGUCCUCA